CCGUCCUUAAGCUCCCGGAUGUGCUCAGAGUGAUGGCAAACAAGGACUUAGAAGCCGAAAUCCACCCCUUGAAGAAUGAGGACAGUAAAUCACAGGAGAACCUGGGAAACCAAUCGAAAAACGAAGACAACUUAAAGAGCAAGCCUCUGCAGACCCGACUCUCCCGAUGCCGCACAGUGGCCUUUUUCCUUUCCCUGUUCGUCUGUCUGUUUGUGGUGUUCAUAGUGUCUUUCAUUAUCCCAUGUCCAGAGAGACCUUUGUCUCAGGCCACGUGGCGGCUUGACUACAGCACUGCAGUCACAUAUGACUUUCUGGCUGUGGGAGAUGUGAACAGAGACAAGAUCCAGGAUGUCCUCUUCCUUCACAAAAACACCAACAGCAGUGACAACGUCAGCAGAUCCUGCACCGAUGAAGGCUUCUCCACUCCCUGUGCCUUUAUGGUUGCUGUGUCAGGGGCCAAUGGCAGUGUGCUCUGGGAAAGGCCUGUGGCCCAAGAUGUCGCCCUUGCGAAGUGUGCCGUGCCACAUCCAUCGGACAGUGAAGUGUCCUCUGCCUGUAUCCUUGUGGGAAGACUAGAGUCUUUCAUCGCAGUCAACUUAUUCACAGGGGAAACCCUGUGGAGCCAUUCCAACACCUUUGGUGGGAACGUUUCCAUCUUGAGCCCUCUGCUCCAGGUGCCUGACGUGGACAGAGACGGUACCCCGGACCUACUGAUCCUCACCCGGGAGGGACAGGAGGUCAGUGGGAGUAUCUAUUCAGGUAGCACUGGGUACCAGAUUGGCCACAGAGGCAGCCUUAGUGUGGAUGGAGAUGGUGUUGCCCUCCUUCAUGUGACCAGAUCGGGUGCUCACUAUAUUCUCCUGCCCUGUGAAAGUGCCCUCUGUGGCAUCUCUGUGAAAAGUCUCCAUGAGAGAGUUACCGGGAGAGACAGCCCGUUUAAGGACGACUCCCACUGGGAGAACAUGCUCAAUCGCUCUGCCCAGCGGAGGCUUCUGCUCAGCUCUGGAGCAGUUCGCUACCUAAUGAAUGUCCCAGGGAAGGCUGGCCAGGACUUGCUCCUUGUGAGCUCCGAGGCCUGUAUGCUGCUGGAUGGACAAGAUCUGGUGCCCAGGUGGACCUUCAGCGCAACUCAGGUUCUGAGAAAACCCAUCCUUGGCCACUACAAACCAGACACGUUGGCUGUGGUAAUUGAAAAUGGAACCAGCACUGACAGGCAGAUCCUACUUCUGGACCUCAGCACAGGGUCUCUGUUGUGGAGCCAGCCCCUCCCCAGCUUGCCUGGGAGCCCACCAUCCACAAGCCUGAUGACUGCAGACCACCGCUCAGCCUUCUUCUUCUGGGGCCUCCAUGAGCUUCUGGACACUAAUGAGAUGGACCCCCAAGACACACAGCACAGCCUGUACAUGUUCCACCCCACCCUGCCCGGCAUCCUGCUGGAGCUAGCCAAUGUGUCUGCCAACAUCGUGGCCUUUGAUGCGAUCCUGUUUGAGCCGAGCCGCCAUGCCGCCUACGUGCUCCUGACGGGCCCUGCAAGCUCAGACAUGCCUGGCCUGGUCUCUGUGACCAAACACAAAGUGCGAGAUCUUGUCCCAGGCAGUAGAGUGGUCCACCUCGGGGAAGGCCGCUCAGACAGCGACCAGGCUAUCCGGGACCGGUUCUCUCGACUACGGUACCGGAGUGAGGUGUAGGUGGUGUCAGCUGGAACACCUGGAGAGACUCCCAACUGUGAAAACAAAGCCUCCUGGGAAGUUGGCCCGCCCUCAGCCUUCAUGCUGAUGUCACUUCUUGCCCUGGUGAUUCUGGCCUUACCAGCCAUACCCUAGGAUGGGGGUUGGGGGAGCACCUCCAGCCUCCUGUCUAUGCCAUGUCCUCCCUCAAAGGUCUCACUGUGCGGCCCAUGUGAUCUGGUCAGGGCCAGGAGGCCUCCCUGUGGUCUCCCUGAGCCAGCAUGGGCAGGGUCGGCCCUGCAGGAAGCUCAUCACUUAGUGCCUCCUUGCCCUCUCACUGGAAAAGCCACUGCUGCAAGGUGUGCUGCUUCCUAGGCCCUGCCUGUGAUGGCCGCCCCUCUCCUUCCAGCCUGCCUUUUCCCUUGUCUGCGCUGUCCCUCAGGGGUCAUGAAGCUCUCAGGGUACUGGGCCCUGGGUGGCUUCAGGGCCACAGCUGGAACCUGAAGCUUUAAAGCUGUGUCCCCAAAGCAGAAGGGAGCCUGUCUCCCUGCAAGCGUAAGCAACACGGGAGUCUGACCAGAGCCCACGGGUGCACUUGAGGGAUGUACAGAGCGCACAGGGAGUCAGUCUCCUCCCUCAGUACACAGCACCUGCUGUCCAUACAGAAGCCCCUGCACCCCUGGCACAGCAGGCACGUCCCUUUCCCUCCUCUCUGGUGCUUACCUGAUGAAGGUCUCACCUUGUGCCUUGUUGCUCCUGAGGCCCAAAGGCAACAGAGCAGCCCUGCCCAGACCAGAUCCUUAGCUCUGUAGCCAAAGCAGUCCCAUGACCCCCCAGUCACCAUGGAAACCAACAUAAUAAAUGAUUUGCACUGAUGGGGAAAAGCCCCAGUAGUAGCCCAGCAUG